AUGGCUAGUUCCUCAAUUUUAACGCCUGAGAGGCGUAUCGAGCUGAAUCCAUUUGACAUUGAUGCUUGGAACUUGAUUCUGAGAGAAUCACAGGCAAGGCCGAUUGACCAAGCUCGAAACUUUUACGAAAAGUUGGUUACGCAGUUCCCCAAUGCAGGACGAUACUGGAAAGCGUACAUUGAGCAUGAGCUUCGAGGAAAGAACUUCGAGAAUGUGGAAAAUUUAUUCAAUCGUUGUUUGGUGAAAGUACUGAACAUCGAUCUGUGGAAAUGCUACGUUUUUUAUGUCAGGGAGACCAAAGGGCACUUGAGUUCUUUCAGAGAGAAAAUGGCAAAGGCUUAUGAUUUUGCACUCGACAAAGUUGGACUCGAUAUGAACUCAUACUCGAUCUAUGCAGACUAUAUCUCGUUCCUCAAGACAGUUCCAGCAAUUGGCCAAUAUGCGGAGAACCAGCGCAUAUCAGCAGUUCGAAAAAUUUAUCAAAGGGGGAUCUCAACGCCAAUGGUUAACAUAGAGUCAUUGUGGUCGGACUACUGCAACUACGAGAAAAAUAUAAAUCCCACACUUGCUGAAAAGCUUAUAUCAGAAAGAAACAAGGAGUACCAAGUGUCAAAAAAGAUAGCUAAACAGCUCGAAACCGUCACUCGUGGAGUAAACAGACAAGCAGUAUCGGUGCCACCUCGAGGCACUGCGCCGGAAAUGAAGCAGGUGGAAAUGUGGAAGAAGUACAUACAAUGGGAAAAGAGCAAUCCCAUGGAAACCGAAGAGUAUGGACAGUUUGCGAAGCGAGUGGUCUACGCCUAUGAACAGUCCCUGCUUUGUCUUGGCUAUUAUCCUGACAUGUGGUACGAAGCAGCAUUGUUUCUUCAACAAGCAGGGAAACAGCUAGAAGAGAAAGGAGACGUCAAGCUAGCACAGCAGAUGACCGCUGAAGCAAUGCAGCUCUUCGACAGAGCAAUUUCUGGUUUAAUGAAACACUCACAGCUGCUUUAUUUUGCCUAUGCUGAUUUUGAAGAGGAGAGGAUGAAAUUUGACAAUGUGAAGAAGAUCUAUGACAAUCUGCUCACGAUAGACCACAUUGAUCCUACACUGACUUAUAUCCAACUCAUGAAAUUCACUCGACGCACAGAAGGUGUUAGAGCCGCUCGAGCAGUAUUCAAAAGAGCUCGUGAGGACAACCGCUGCAGACAUCACGUCUUCAUAGCAGCUGCUUUGAUGGAGUUUUAUUGCAGUAAGGACAAGGAUGUUGCGAUGCGUGUUUUCGACCUAGGUCUGAAAAAGUACGGUGACGAACCUGAGUAUGCUUGCGCAUACGUGGAUUUUCUUACUCAUUUGAAUGGUCAGUUUCGUAUCGACAUAGAUAUCUCAGUAUAUGUGGUUUCCUCACUUGAUACCUUUGCAGAAGAUAACAACACUCGAGUAGUCUUUGAACGCAUUCUUACAUCCGAGUCGUUGCCGCCGGAGAAAUCAUCCGAUAUCUGGGACCGGUAUCUGGAGUUUGAAAGUUUGGUUGGCGAUCUUGCUAGUACUCUCAAAGUGGAUGAAAGGCGGAAAGCUGCCGUUACUGGCGGAAAUGACGAAGGCACAACAUUGAUGUUAAUCGACAGAUAUCGCUUCCUUAAUCUGGUGCCCUGCACUCUGGACCAGUUGAAACUCAUGGGAUAUAACGUAAGUUAUCUUGUUUGAUA